UGCUGAGGCUGCGACGUUGCUUAGAGAGAAAGAGAGAGAAAAAAUCUCUCCAUUUGCUACAGCCUGUGGACGCACCAUCUGAAUGGGAAAUAAGUGAAGAUGUGUCUGAUGUGAACCAAGUGGCGCAACUACAGUAAGGAGGAGCUGCACAAAGUACAAGAUCUGCAACAUCUCUUGAAAUCUUUCUAGUGCGAGCUCACCUGUCAGACCUGGGAAAAUCUGCAUCCCGGGAUUUUCCAGAAAGGACACAGAAAAGGAAAGUCACAGAGCUGUUUAAACAUCACUGAGGAGGGGGGAGGAGGCAGAAAAUAAAAAAAGAUCUCUCCAAGGUCCCGUUUCUUUGAGUCACACACACAGCAAGUCUUCAGAGAGACCAUGAAGAAAAGUUGCUUCCCUUAAAAUUUUGACACUUCAAGAAAUAAUGACCUAACAUGGAUCUACUGCUAAUUACCAUAAUGCUGAGAAAGCCAUUGUAAAUCCCUCACUCCUUUUUCGGCACCCAACCCAGCCCAUUUCUUUUGGAGGUUUUUUGUUUCUUUACCAAUUUCCUUUUCCUGCAAGCAAAUCCUCCGUUUUUGCCCUCACUGUAGCCUUUGCAUUGAGUCUUGUCUUUUAUAGCCAUCAUGCAGUGUCCUUCUAUCGUCUCUGUUCUUCCUCUUCUGCUUUCUUCUCUUUUGUUUUUUUCCUGUUUUCCGGACAUGGCCAGUGGGGACUGCUGGCUCAUUGAAGGAGACAAAGGCUAUGUUUGGCUAGCUAUAUGCAGUCAGAACCAGCCUCCUUAUGAGACUAUCCCCCACCAUAUCAACAACACAGUCCAUGAUUUGAGACUAAACGAAAACAAGCUAAAAGCUGUGCUUUUCAGCUCCAUGUAUCGCUUCACAAACUUGACUGACCUUAACUUAACCAAGAAUGAAAUCAGCUAUAUUGAGGAUGGUGCAUUUGCUGGACAAGCCAAUUUACAGGUUCUUCAACUAGGUUACAACAAGUUGACCAAUAUCACUGAGGGCAUGAUGAGAGGGCUUGGACGCAUGCAGUGCCUAUUCCUACAGCACAACCUCAUUGAAGUUGUUGCAAGCAAUGCAUUCUGGGAAUGUCCUAGUCUCAGCAGCAUUGACCUAUCAUCCAACAAACUUGCCCGCCUUGACCCAUCCACAUUCACUGAUCUUAAUCGCCUGAUGGUAUGUGAAUUGGGUGCAAAUCCAUUCCAUUGUGGUUGUGAUCUUCUUGGCUUUUUGUUCUGGUUAGAGUCUUUCAACAAUGUGUCACACACGUAUGACCGCCUCCAAUGUGAAACGCCAAGGGAAAUGUUUGGCUUUCCUUUACUAAGUCCUUUUGCUUCGAGUCACGCAGGCCGCAAUGCCAAAAACAUUUUGUACCAUCGCUGCAGAGAUGGUGUUAUGAUUCCAGGAAUGACCUCUCUACCACCAGAUCUUGAUGGUCCCUCUGGAAUUGGACCAGAAAUGUUUGGUGUUGGGCCAUACUACCAGCCCACCACAUCUUCUUCAUCUACAGAUGACAGCUUGAGCCCAAGUAUUAAGCUCCAUCAUGUUUCUUCAUCAUCAGCCUCUGUCAUUAUAAAAAUCCCAAGACCAUACAGCAAAAUGUUUAUUCUUACACAAUACAACAACACUUUGGUCUCUGAUGUCACCAAUUUGAAAUUAGCUAUACAAAAGAUUACUCUUGACAAGCUUAGGCCUAACAAUAAUUACACCUUCUGUGUAGGUUAUAUCCGUAACUCGCAACGUUAUAACAACACCUGUCUACAGUUUACCACUCGAGGACAAAGCCGGGACGAUAUGCUCCCCACUCCCUCAACCACUACUCACUACAUAAUGACCAUUGUUGGCUGCCUUUUUGGUAUGCUUAUUGUUAUAGGAAUUGUUUACUACUGUCUUCGGAAAAAACGGAUGCACGAUGAAAAGAAAAAGUCAAUAUCUGUCAAAAAAACCAUACUUGAAAUGCGUUAUGGGCCAGAGGUGGCUGCAGCAGUAGCAAAUGAUCCAUCUGCAGUCCAAAAGCUUCAAGAACAGUCAAGGGAGCAUCACCAAUAUCAGCAUCAUCAUGGUGGAAAACUGUCUACUUCCUCAAGCUCUGGAUUGCUACACUCUGCAAAUACUACCUCCUCAAGGCUUUCCUCUAUCCCUCAAGUGGAAAAGAUGGCCUCUGCUUUCUCUGAAGCCAUGGGUACAAGUAAAGGAAACUAUAUGGAUGUGAGAACUGGAGGGGCGGGGAUGGAGAGAGUGGGGGACGGUGGUCAUGGCAGUAGAAGGGGAGAUGACCUGAGGGAUGAUGAUGAAACUGAUCUUGGUAAUGAUUCCGAUGAUGAUGGACAUGGUUCUGCAUCAGAGAUCUCCACUAUUGCAAUGGAGGUGGACAAAGUUAACCAAAUUAUUAACAACUGUAUAGAUGCCCUAAAACUUGAUGCAGCAGCAGUUGCUGCUUCAAGUACCUCAACUAAUCACACAGCUUCAUCAAAUCCAACCUCCCCACCACCAACCAGUGCAUCCUCCCUUACUCGUGGCAUUAUCCCAGGGGGUACAGAGACAUGUCAAGUCAUUGCUCCAAACAAAAUACCACCUCCUCCUCCCCUGCCUGCAUUAAAUACGCCUCUCUCUGAGCGACCAGGGAUAAGUGGUGGGGGCUUUGUUGUUACUCCCCCAUACAGGCACCCACCCCCAGCCACAGCUGCACGUCCAAUUCAGCGCCAAAUGAGCGCAGAUGCUGCUGUUGUUAUGGCAAAUGCUGUCAAGAAACAGAGCAGUACUGCAUCUUGUGGCUCAACAGGUCGAGACAGAGAAAGAGGAGGAGCUCGAGUAUAUAGCUUGGAUGUUCCUGAACCAAGAAGCCCAGAUGCCUGUAACCAAAAACAGCCACAGUACCCAGACCGAGCUAGUCCUGUGGGAUGUGGAGAACCGCUGGAGAGGCUGCCUUUAGUGGGGAGUGGGAGCUGUGGGGGAGGGGGUGGUGGUGGUUGCGACAGUGGUGGUGUUGGUGCCCAACAUCAAGACAGCCAAAAGUCCCAUCAUUAUCAUCAGCAACAACAGAUACAACAGCAGCAGCAACAGCAACUGGAGGUGCAGCAGGACUACCACUGCUCGGAGCACCGCCACUCUGUCCCAGCUCUCUACUACCAAGGGUCCCACCAUGGCUCCCCAGCCCAGCGCGUUUCUUUUCUAAAGCCCCUGACAAGAUCCCGCAGGGACGCAGCAUCCUAUUCCCAGCUUUCGCCUGCCCGCCAACACUCCGGUUACUCUGGAUACUCUUCUAGCCCAGAGUACUCAUCAGAAAGUUCACUACGUAUCUGGGAGCGGUUUCGCCCAUACCGAAAAGGGCCUCGUGAUGAGGCCUGUUAUGUAACAGCUGGAAAUGCUCUUCGAAAGAAGGUGCAGUUUGCUAAAGGUGAGGACCUGCAUGACAUCCUUGAUUAUUGGAAGGGUGUCUCUGCUCAGCAGAAGUUGUAAAUGGUGACAAAAAUUCUGAGGCUAAAAUGGAGUUUUGGUACUUUUUAUCCCGAUAAGCCCAUGGGCUGGAGAAACCAUUUAAAGUUUAUUGAGGGGAAAAAUGUUGGACAAAGUUUCUCUGUGGGCGUUUUUCCCCCUUUUUGGCAUGCUAGGUGUAUAGGAUAUCAUGCUACAAGCAAGUACUGUGAAACUGUGCCUGGGAAUCGGACAUUCAUUACAGUGUGUUUUUAUUACUUCAUUGUAGCAUUUUAUUUGUAAUUUGCGUGCUUCAUUUACUAUACAGGGAACAAAUACCAAUUGUGUAAUUUAGUAUUCUUUAACUGAUCAUGUUUGUGAUCCUAUGGACCAUUGUACUUAUCAGUGCCAUGUUUCAUCUCAAGCUUUAAGCUUGUUUGAUCCUAGAUGUUUCUUGUUGUGUAUUGGAUUUAACAUCCAUUUCAGCUUCUACAAAAUAUGUCAUUUGAAUAGUGUGGGAUCAGGGCCCUGGUUAAAAACUGGCAAAAGUAGUUGAGAGACAAUCUGCAUUGUGCAGUAUUGUACCCUUUUUUCAUUUGAAAAAAGGGAUUAUUUAACCACAAAUGCUCAUAUGAAAUAAAAGCCAUUAGUUCAACUUAGUUACUAGGUUUUGUAAUUUUGCAGAGGGAAAAUCAAAGUAUUGGUUUGUUUUAAUCAUUCAAUGUAUCACUAUUACAGCACUUUUUAAAGCAUAUGUGUCUAACUUAAGGCCCACAGAUUGAAUCCAUCCCUCCACAGCAAUUUACCUGGCAGUAA